GCUUGAACACGGUAGCUAUUGAUUUUCUCUUUGAUGGUGGCAGAGUUGUCAAAUGAAAUCAGUCACAGGCCUGCUACAUUCACGGUUAUCUGUAGUUUUUCUCCCACUUACGAGCAAACUGGCGGUGUCCAGGCAAAGUCGUUUUGUUGUCUGUGUCCACAGUGAUGUGAGCCGGCUUUCAUGCAGCCCAGGAGCCUGGCUUAAGCAGCAAAUGUUGGGUCCCAGGACCGAGUUAUAUUGUCCAGCAUCCCUGCCCUAUCUUCAGUCAUCCUGGACCUAACUCGGUUGAUUGGAGGUUGCAGCUAGACCGAAACCUUAAAAAAACAGCGACGA